AUAUCUUAAAACGACUAUCGUAUAAUUCAUUCAAACAAGAUUGUACAAAAGAUGGAAGCAUUUCAGCCACUUUGGAUUGCCGGACCUAUGAUCAAAGUAUCGUAUCUACCUUUCCGUUUAACCUGUUUAGACUAUGGAGCAGAUCUUAUAUACACGAAUGAAAUUAUGGCCGAGAACUUAUGCUUAGCUUCGCGCAAUGUGAAUGCUUUAACCAAUACCAUUGAUUUUGUAAUUCCGAAUGAUAAAACCAGUAUUUUUUCAACAUCUCCAGAAGAACGGCAUAAAGUUGUUGUUCAAUUAGGUGUUUCGAACGCUAGCGUUGCGUUGAAAAGCUCUUUGAUUGUAUCACAAGAUACGGAUUAUAUUGAUAUCAAUAUGGGAUGUCCUAAACGUUUUUCCAUGAGUAAAGGAAUGGGUGCAUCGCUUUUAAAUGAACCAGAAAGAGCUUUUGACAUUCUUAAAGUUUUACGCCGUAAUCUUCCUGAGAAAGUGAAAAUAUCUUGUAAAAUACGAUUGAAAUCUUCACUUGAACAAACUAUUGCUUUCGUUCAAGGUUGCGAAAGGUCAGGAGUUAGCUCUAUUACCAUUCAUGCAAGAUCUAUAGAAGACCGUCCUGCUAAACCAGCUCAAUGGAAUACAUUUUCGGCUAUUCAAGCUUCCACGACAAUACCUAUUUAUAUGAAUGGUGACCUUCUUAACUCUACUUCAAUUUAUCAAUUUCACAAACAAUACCUUACCUCGCCACACGAUAACUCGAAUCCACUGUGCGACUCUAAAGCCAAAUUCGUUAAUACUUUUCCACAAGGCAUCAUGUUUGGUCAACUUGUUCUUUUUUUUUUAAACGCCACAACUAUAUUUUUUUUCUUCUCAGCACGUGGUGCUUUAAUGAAUCCCUCAAUUUUCUCCCUCAAAAAGCACUUUCAAUCCGUAACCCAUUUCUCCUUACAAGAACGUAGAUCAUUACAUUCGCCAAUCCAAUGUAUUUUAAAAUUACUAAAACAUGCUCUGGAUACAAAUACACCUUUUCAAUGUUUAAAAUGGCUCCUUUUACAAAUGGUAUCAGAUGACCCUUCACUCAUUUUUCUUUCCGAUACAAUAAAACGAACUUCGCAUUGCACUCGGUUUCAAUCCCACGUAGAAUCUCUUGCCCAAUCUUUUGAAAAAUAAAAAAACCUUUUCAUUAGUUCACGGCCAUGAAAAAAAAAAUCUGGCCUUGUUUCAAUCAAUUCCUUAAAAAGCAUAGUUUAAAAU